AUGCCGGGGAAGCUGAAGGUCAAGAUCGUGGCGGGGCGCCAUUUGCCGGUGAUGGACCGCGCCAGCGACCUGACUGACGCCUUCGUGGAGGUGAAAUUUGGAAAUACAACAUUUAAGACAGAUGUGUAUCCCAAAUCACUUAAUCCUCAGUGGAAUUCUGAGUGGUUCAAAUUCGAAGUAGAUGAUGAAGAGCUCCAGGAUGAGCCUCUCCAAAUAACAGUUCUUGAUCAUGAUACAUACAGUGCCAAUGAUGCCAUUGGCAAAGUGUACAUAGAUAUUGAUCCUCUGCUCUAUAGUGAAGCAGCCACAGUUAUUUCAGGAUGGUUUCCAAUUUAUGAUACCAUUCAUGGUAUACGUGGGGAGAUAAAUGUGGUGGUGAAAGUAGAUCUCUUCAAUGAUUUAAACAGAUUUAGGCAAUCAUCCUGUGGAGUCAAAUUUUUUUGCACUACAUCUAUUCCUAAGUGUUACAGAGCAGUAAUUAUUCACGGGUUUGUGGAAGAACUUGUAGUUAAUGAGGACCCAGAGUACCAGUGGAUAGACAGAAUCCGUACUCCCAGGGCAUCGAAUGAGGCUCGGCAAAGACUCAUUUCACUCAUGUCAGGUGAAUUGCAAAGGAAGAUUGGCUUGAAGGUGCUUGAAAUGAGAGGAAAUGCUGUUGUUGGCUAUUUGCAGUGUUUUGAUUUGGAGGGAGAGUCUGGACUCGUAGUGAGAGCCAUAGGAACAGCCUGCACAUUGGAUAAAUUAAGUAACACAUCAGCGUUUUUACCUGCAUGUAACUCCCCAUCCAAAGAAAUGAAGGAGAUUCCUUUCAAUGAAGAUCCCAAUCCCAAUACAUAUUCAUCAGGACCCUCCACCCCUCUGAAAAACCAAACCUAUUCCUUUUCACCUUCCAAGUCCUACAGUCGACAGUCCUCUUCUUCUGACACAGAUUUGAGUUUGACACCCAAAACUGCACCUUCCCCACAGGGACCUAGGAUUUUCCUGUUUCCCAGCUCCCCUACACUCUCUUGUGAUUCCCCACAUCUUAAAAAGUCCUGUCUCCUCCUCUCGGGGUCUAGCAUUAAACCUCUACACUCUAGCCAUGUCAGCCCAGUUGUUCUGAGGAAAAGUGUUUCUUUCACUGAAGAGCUGCUUCUGGCUGCUUCUGGAAUGGGCAGUGGGAGUGCUGGAAAAGAAGGGGGGCCAUUUAAAACUCUUUUAAGACAACAGACUCAGUCAGCUCUGGAGCAAAGGGAAUUCCCAUUUUUUACCUUGACGACCUUCCCACCAGGCUUUCUUGUCCACGUUGGGGGUGUGGUCAGUGCUCGCUCAGUGAAGCUCCUGGAUCGAAUCCACAAUCCUGAUGAACCAGAGACACGAGAUGCCUGGUGGGCAGAAAUCAGACAAGAAAUAAAAUCCCAUGCCAAAGCAUUGGGUUGUCAUGCUGUAGUGGGCUACAGUGAAUCAACCAGCAUUUGUGAAGAGGUCUGUAUUUUGUCCGCAUCUGGCACAGCAGCUGUACUGAACCCUAGGUUCCUUCAGGAUGGCACCAUGGAAGGCUGUUUGGAACAAAGGAUUGAAGAAGCUUCACCACCAGGUUGUGGAUUUUGCCAUAUUCCGUAUGAUGAAUUGAACAUGCCAUUUCCUGCUCACCUCACUUACUGUUACAACUGCAGGAAGCAAAAAGUUCCUGAUGUCCUUUUCACCACAAUUGACCUUCCUGUAGAGGCAAUAGUUGUUGGGAAGGGAUGUCUUAUUCAAGCCAGGUUGUGCCGUCUGAAGAAGAAAGCUCAGGCUGAAGCAAAUGCAACCUCUAUCAGUAAUCUCUUGCCAUUCAUGGAGUAUGAAGUGCACACACAACUGAUGAACAAACUCAAGCUGAGAGGAAUGAAUGCUCUCUUUGGGCUGAGAAUUCAGAUCACUGUGGGGGAAAAUAUGCUGAUGGGCUUGGCAUCUGCAACAGGUGUGUAUUUAGCAGCUUUGCCAACACCUGGAGGUAUUCAGAUUGCUGGAAAGACUCCAAAUGAUGCCACCUAUGAUCAGCACAUAUCCCAUAUGCAAAAGAAAAUAAAUGAUACGAUAGCAAAAAACAAGGAGCUUUAUGAGAUUAAUCCUCCAGAGUUACCAGAAGAAAUUAUUGGGUCUCCCAUUCCAGAGCCAAGACAACGUUCCAGGCUAUUGAGAUCUCAGUCAGAAAGCUCUGAUGAAGUUACAGAGCUUGACCUUUCACAUGGCAAGAAGGAUGCUUUUGUCUUGGAGAUUGAUGACACAGAUGCAAUGGAAGAUGUACAUUCUUUACUGACAGAUGUUCCACCACCUUCUGGUUUUUACAGUUGCAACACAGAAAUUAUGCCUGGUAUAAAUAACUGGACACCAGAAAUUCAAAUGUUCACAGCAGUUAGAGUGUCCAGAUUAAGCAACAUUAACCCAACAAAUCAAACACUCAAUAAGAACUUUAACGAUCUCUGUGAGAAUCUGCUGAAGAGUUUGUAUUUUAAACUCCGGUCUAUGGUUCCCUGCUGUCUUUGCCAUGUAAACUUUACAGUUGCUCUGCCAGAGGAUGAAUUAGUUCAGAUUGCAGUCACAGCUGUUGCCAUUACAUAUGACAAAAACCAAGCACUGCAAGUCAACAAAGCACCUACUGAAAAAUCACAGCAAAGAGCAUCUACGGACAAUGAAGAACAGCUACAAUUUCCCUUGGAACUUUGCUCUGAUCCCCUUUCUUCUCAUCCAUUCUCUCCAGCUAAAGAAGUCCUGGAGGGUGCAAGUUCCCACACAGGUAUUCCUGCUGCUCAGAGAGCAACGUCAGUUGAUUACAGUUCCUUUGCAGACAGAUGCAACAGCUGGAUAGAGCUCAUUAAACUGAAAGCUCAGACCAUAAGGCGCGGAUCAAUUAAGACAACUACUUCCAUUGAAAAAGCAAGUCCAUUGGCUGAGGGAUACUUACGGCACCGUUCAGUCCCGUCAUGCACCAAUUCCACUGUCUCAGUUGUUAAGAUGACACCUCUUUCCUUUCUCCCUGGGGCGAAAAUAACCAAAUAUCUUGGGAUAAUCAACAUGUUUUUUAUACGAGAAACCACUUCUUUGCGUGAGGAGGGUGGUGUCAGUGGCUUCCUCCAUGCUUUUAUUGCUGAAGUGUUUGCCAUGGUGAGAGCUCACGUUGCAGCUCUGGGAGGGAAUGCAGUUGUGUCAUACAUAAUGAAGCAGUGUGUUUUCAUGGAAAAUCCAAACAAAAAUCAGGCUCAGUGUUUGAUAAAUGUCAGUGGUGAUGCUGUCAUCUUUGUCCGUGAAUCUGAGCUAGAAAUGCUGCCAGUGCAGCCUUCUACAGUUGCUCCUCAGCCCACAAGUUCUGCAGGAGAUGUCACAACAUGAAGGCAGAACAAGUGAAGUAGUCUCUGCUAAAUGUAAAGAUUAUUUAAAAUGUGGGAAUGUUUAGGUUUGCAUCUUCAAAGUCAGUAUCUCUCCAUGACAUUCACAACCAAAAUUGAAGACAAUCACUUCUUUUUGUUGUCAUAUAACUUCAGUAAGUCAGAGCAGUGAACUGGCAGGUGUGCUCUGGUUCUUCUAUUACUAUUCCUGGCCUCUGUGAAACCAGGCAGCAGGUGAGGCACUGAUAGGAGAACAUGGAUUAGAAUAGCAGGCAUCACAUGGAACUGUGGAAGGAAGGAAAAACUCUGUUGCAUUUUUGAGCUGUUCAGUGGCACUGUGAUAAGUUGUCAUUCAGAACCAUUUCUGAGUUUGAAUGUUGUCUGAGCUGAUUCUCAGGUCAGGGUGGGAGGGAAGUGCCUGAGAAGACUGUGUUGGAAGCCUUUGAUGAAGAAGGGAGAGUUUUGUGUGUAGGUCAAGAAAACAUGGGCUGGACUCUGAAAUUGCUUUACACUGUAGGGUGUGAAGAGGGAAAAGCAGUACCAAAAAAGUUACAGUUUGAAUUUCUGCACAUUAAAAGUAUUUUUUCUUGUUUUGUUGUUGUUUUUAUAUUUGGUGGCUGGGGUUAUAAUUUGUUUUUUAAAUAAUUUUUUAAAAGCUGCCACACCACAAUGCUGUGGUCCUGGGUACCCCUGUGAUGGGACAAAACAACCCCAGAACACAACAAAAAGUUCCAGGGUCUGCUGAUGCUAUUAUAAGAUGUUCAUUUCAGUACUGACAAAGCAGGUAUUUUUGUUAUUUAAGACUUGGUGAAAGAAUUGUCCUGAGGUUAAUUUUCUUAAGGCAGGAUCUAUUUCAAGAAUGACAUAAACAAUCCCCAAAAAUCAGUUGAGCAGAGGUUAUUCUGCAGCUUCCUUCCUGUUUAAAUGCCUGGCUGAUUGGAGAUUGAUGUAUGUGUGUGACACUGGUUUCCUGCAGGUUGCUUUUGUGUUUGGGGUUUUGUGUUUGUUCUUUUCCAGUGCUGUAAUUGGGAAUAAGGGUACUGCAAAGACAGGAAAUUCAUCAUUUCCAGUAAAAGUCUGAAAGAUGGUGAUACCCUGUAAAAAAUAAACAAGCAAAAAAGCCAAACAAAAAAACUUUAAUUUGAAGAUGCAUUCUUGCUUAACUCUGACAAUAUUGUACAUGGAACUUGAACAAAGAUGUAAACUUGAAUGUAAAUAUUGUUUAGUGUUGAAAUUAAGCAAUGGCAUGAUUAUUUGUUAAAACUAAUUAUUUCAUUGUA